AUGACCGCAAUUCCUGUGAAAAGAGCAGCGCUGCCCCACUCAUCGUCCAGUGAUGCCAAGACCGCCCGUCUGCAAGGCAUGGACUCGGCCCACAGCCAACCUCUUUCGACCACGACCCCCAAAGCCCGUUCUGCGUUGGCAGCUGCGGCGAAGGGGAUUCGGAAGCCAGCGGGGUUCAAUCAUGUGUUGGUCAACUUCUUUGAUGCCAUUCUGGAGGAGAGGAAUUGUAUGUCCUCCUCAGCUUCGGCGUGCGAUUGGGGAGCAAGUGGGUGGGGGUCAGGGAGCUGACUGAACAGGGGCUCUGACCAGACGACGAGGCUUUGUUGGCGCUCGAGGGUAUGAUUGCUCAUCAUCAGAUACCGCAUCAGUAAGUGCACAGACGAGCAUGCCGUGAAGAGUGUUUCCCAUGCUGACUACGCCGCCUCUCCACCAGAACUCAUAUCCGCCAACUGCUCUCUCUCUCGUUGAGCACGCUCUCCUCCCUCGGUGGACCCUCAACCACGACUUCCACAUCAACUCUGACCCCAACUGUCUCUUCUACGACCCUCGAUCCGAUCCCCUUGACCGAACGCAAGCUGCGACUCCAAGCACUCCAUCUGCUCGAACGCAUCGCCCGAUCCAACAGCGUCCAAGCAAUUCUUCGUUCCGUACCCGGUCACGCACCGAGGGAUCCAUUGCUCCAAGCCUUAUACGAGGACUAUCUACCGACUUCCAAGUCUCUCAACCCCGACAAUGGUCCGAUCGAUGACGAUCGCCUGGACGAAGUCAUCAUCGACGAAGCCGAAGACGACGAUACCGAACUCGUCGUUUCCGCCCGUCGAAUGGCUCAGCGAACGACGUGCGAGGACGUCUGGGCUCUCUUGGGUGGUUCGGCCGAUCGAAUUCCCAAGAGUAGGGAUAAGGAUAGGCCCUUGACGAAAGGGGGGUGGGAGACGUUGGGGAUGUUCGUCGCAAGUUGGGAGGACGAACAGAGGAUGAAGGUCCAGACGCCGAAUGGUGAGGACGACAGCAGAGUGACCGACUUUGGAUCGAUCCGCAGCAGAGUCGCUGAUGGCAUGUCUUGACAGGGGUACGAGAGGUGGGUUUUGCACCUAGUCUGAUGCAGACGUUCAAAUCCAACUCGAUCGGUAUCAGGGAAGUUUCGCCUCGAGUGCUUGAUAUCGUUUUUUGGCCGUUCAGCAAAGUCGCCACCGAAUAUUACGCGCGAGACUUGAAGGUCCACGACCAGGAUGAGGAAGAUUCGCAUGACGAGAGGUUGUUCGAGAUGGAGUUGGCCGAGAAGAGGAGGAUCGCUAGUCGGUUGCUGGCUCUGGUCAGUAUUUGCCUGUGAUUCGCUGAGGACUUGGAACGAAGAUCGAGCUCACUCUCGACUCUUGUCUUUAGGUAUCCAACGCCGCCAUUAUAGGUCGCCUGAACCACCUCGCCUGGGUCGGUGACAUCGCAGGUCGAAUGCGGGACUUGUCUCUGACUAGUCUGCCGAGCUUUCUCGAGGUGUGUUGCUACUCCCCUGUCUCCCCCUGCUCGUCUGCUCAGCUUGCAUUUCUGCCCCUCACCCUUAACAGCACUUCACCACAACCUCCCACCCACACUUUGUCAUUCGCAUCUUGGCUCGUUACCUCGAGCUCACUUCACACCCCCUACCACCUCUCCAACUCGCCACCACGACCUCCUCCACCUCCGAAGCUCAAUCGGCCUCGUCCAUCCCAUCGCACUUAAGCGGCCUGCACGCCUCCCCUCGUCGAAGACCCAUGAGCCAACAAUCCUCUGUCGUCAGCCUCGAAGGAGGUGCCCCCCCUCCUUCUCCUGUCAAAGAUCUCUCCUCCGCUCUUCAAAACGUAACAAAGUCAAGAACGGACGAGUCAUCGGCCACGACGACCGUCGUCAUUCCUUCCGAGAUCCCCUAUUUCAACACUCGACUCUCCCUUCCUGCGAUUCUACAACUUCUUCGAGGGGUGCCUACCCAAUUCCCCCCAAGUUGGUCCACCACUUCACAUACACAAGGGACCCCCGUCCGUUCUCUUCCUCCCCGACGGAGGUCCGCAGCUGCGCCCGAGACAGAGGGAGGAGGAUCCAUGAAAGGCCCUUCAGUCGUGGAAAAGGCGUUGGAAAGAGCGGGGUUGGUCAAGAGAUAUUUGGUUGAGAUUUGGGGUGGGGAUGGGAGUGGGGUUGGGGAGGAGGAUGCGGAGAAGUGUGAGGAGGUUAUGGAUGAAGUUGAGCAGGGGUUGAGGAAGGGGGUUAGGUAG